AUGGCGGAGGGUUCAUCGCGGACCAGAGUCGGGGAUGAACUCAACAACAAAACGCUGGAAACGCUCCAAGGACCCAAGGACUACCGGGAUUGGGCUCAGAAGAUGAAGGAGACGCUUAUUGAGAUGGGUCUAUGGCAGGCCGUGGCGGCCCGGGAUACUGUCUCAAGAAAUAAUACGACCGCUCGUUGGUUUAUCAUCAGCAGGGUCGACUACACCAUUCUCGACGACCUCGAGGCCAAAGGCUGGGACCUGGCAAGCUCAGCUCACGACACCUGGUUCCAUAUCCACCAGAUGAUGCUGGGUCCCACGUUGAGAUCCCACAUGGCCCUUACAGAGUGGUGGAACAUCGACAGUAGCUCGUUCACCACCAUAAGAGACUUCAUGGACCGUUUCCAACAGCUUGAUAAGGCCAUGUCUGAUUCUGGGACCGUGAUGCCAGACCAGGCGUGGGUUUUCCGGUUCCUCGCCGCUAUCGAAUCAACCCUCCCUUUUGCUUACAGCCACUGGCAACGCCAGAUCAAGGCCAACGAGACCAUUGACAAGCUGGACGUGCAAGAGUUCUUUUAG